AUGUAUGCAGAACCGAGCUCUCAUCAACACAACAGUGGUCGUUCCCAUGCAUCACGCAAGGAUGCGCGAAAGCAAGAGCGAACAGAUCGUAAAAAGAGAAAGGCGGAUCACUUCAUACAUAACGCUCACUCAGCAAAACGGAAGAUAGAAGAAGAACACGUUAAUUCGCCGCAGAGAAAGCGUAUGAAGACGGCACAAGAACCUGAGGAACCGCACACCACCACCGAGUCUGUGCAGAAGCAAAAACUCAAAACCACUGCGCUAGAGAGACUCGUAAAUAAGUCGGCUGCUAAACCCCGUAAAGUUGCAUCUACGGGCCCUCGAAGUCGCGAAGAAGAGGACGAAGAUGCAUAUAUCGCCUACCUUGAAUCAAAGCUGGGGUAUGCUGGAGGUGGUUCACGUCGUAAGGAUGAUGACAUGGAUGGACUAGGAGCCACGUGUUGUGUCGUGUCUGAGUCCACACAGGACUCGGAUUUGGAUGACGAAGUGGAAGAUGAGGAUCAAUCAACAUCUGCAGAAGACCAAAGUGACGGAUCUUGGGAAGAUGAGGAGUGGGGUGGCUUUGGCGAGCUCAGCAAGAACGAUGGGAGUGAGGCUGAGGGAAAUGAUUAUUCGGUGGUCGAUAAUGACCAUGAGAUGACAGAGGCGAAAGAAGGGGAGCCUUCUGACGCUCAACCUAAAGCUGGUGGACGCUAUAUCCCACCAGGAUUGAGGAAACAAGCCAAUGGCGAUACAAAUGAAACAGAGGAACAACUCAAACUCACUCGCCAGCUGAAAGGUUCGAUAAACAGAAUGUCUGAACAAAACAUUGCAACCAUCCUAGAUAGUAUCGAAGAUGUAUAUCGCAACCACCGCCGACAUGAUGUCACCUUAACCCUCACGAACCUCAUCAUUGAUGGUAUAUCAUCUCACUCAACUCUUCUGGACUCGUACGUGGUUCUGCACGCCGCGUUUAUAUCUAGCCUACAUAAAUUGAUCGGCACUGCGUUUGCCGCGUAUUUUGUUCAGAAUGUAGUGUCAUCGUACGAACAACACCUCGCUUCGGUGGAGGAAAAGUCGGCCAACUCAACGGAAGUCUCUGAAGACCUAGGGAAAGAGUGUUCCAACCUCAUCGUGCUUUUGUCGGAGCUGUACAAUUUUCAAGUCAUUUCAUGCAUUCUCGUUUAUGAUAUCAUCCGUGGCCUUCUGGAUAAAGACCUAUCUGAGUUCCGGGUAGAACUUCUGCUGAAACUUCUUCGAAGUUCCGGCCAACAACUACGACAGGAUGACCCCAUGGCAUUGAAGGACAUCGUAACUUUAGCACAGUCUCGGGCCACCGGACAAGCCGAUGCGAUGAGGUACCACACUUCGUCAUCUUUAUUACAAUCUUCUCACUGUGAAUCACAGUUCACGCACGCGUUUCAUGACCGAGACCUAAAUAACCUGAAGAGCAAUAAAAUCAAGAAGACAGCUGCGACACAGCAUCAGGGGGGCGAUGCGGUCGAGCGGAUGAAGAAGUUUCUCUCAGGGUUGGGAAAAAAGAAGCACGUUCUCGCGCACGAACCAUUACGGGUAUCUUUGGAGGAUCUUCAUUCGGCGGAAAGCAAAGGAAAGUGGUGGCUCAUUGGGGCUGCUUGGGGUGGAGAUCCUCUGGCCGAUCAGCCGCGCGAACUCGCAAGGAAACAGGGCAUGAAUACAGAUAUUCGUCGAAGUGUUUUUGUGGUGCUCAUGAGCAGUGACGAUUAUCUAGACGCUUGCGAACGACUUGCGCAACUCGGCCUCACGGAAGUACAACAACGCGAGAUCAUCAGAGUAAACUUGCAUUGUUGUGGAAAUGAAAAAUCUUAUAACCCGUAUUACACGCUUGUCUGUCAGCACCUGUCCCAGCGUUCGCAUUCGUACAAGAUCACAUUGCAGUUCUGUUUAUGGGACUUUCUUCGGGACUUGGGCGAAAGUAGCGUUGGUGGGGUAGAGGUGAUCAAGAGCCUGAAAGAUAGUGAUGUAGGGUUUGAUGUCAAAUCCAUGUCGCCUUCGCGAAUGAAGAACGUGGCCAAAGCAUACGCAUGGUGGAUAGCCAAAGAUUGCUGUACGCUGACGAUCUUCAAGCCCGUGGAUUUCACGAUGCUCAAGCCACAGACACGCAGUUUCUUGAAAGAGUUAUUCAUACAGCUGUUUAUCGCUAGCCAGGUUACAUCACCGAUGCUUAGCACCGACUCCGGCGACUAUCCUUCCAUGAGGAACCGUGGAUCACUCGAAGAGAUCUUCUUGAAAACAUCCAGGAUCGAGAACCUGGGUCUUGGAUUGAUAUUCUUUAUGUCUAAUACGUUCAAAGGAGAGGAUGGGUUCUUGACUUGGGCUAGCUCAAUAGCGAAAGAGACGGUGCAGACUGGGAUGGAUCAUAUUCCCAGAAUAUAG